CUGUGGUUACGUGCGCUGGGAUGGAAAGCGGAGGGGGUGGAGAGAGCGCGAGGGACUGCAAUAUCAUUUGUGAAUCGCUCUCAGAGUGCCGCAGAUGCGAGCAGCAAACACAUGCACCGCUAAUGCAGGUGAGCAACGGGCGCGCAGGCUGACAAUGCGGGGCGCGGGGACACACAUUUCGCUGGAUUUUGCCUGAAACAUUUCCAAGCACUUUGUCGGAAUUACAGUUUUUUUUCUCCUCUUCUCGCCCGCUUUCGUUGCCUGCUUCUUCUCAGAUGUACUGCGCUGCGGGUUUUUCUCCUCUGCAACUGACAAAACUACAAAACACAAUGUGUUAAGUCACUGGACGUAAAGAAAUCUGAGCACUUGGAUGGUUGCAAAGACGCCUGGACAGCCGAAUUUCUUCUUAUUCGCUGUUGGAAGGUAAGAAGACGGACAGUUGUGUAAAGUACUGUAUCAUCAUUAUUAGGAUUCGGUACGGGCUUUUACUGAUAUUAUUCCGCAUUGGGGAAAUAUCUUCAAAUGAGAGGGUCUCCGACACACGAAGCUAGGAUUUAAAACUCCAUUGUGUUUUUUUGCUGUUGCAUUGUAAAUUGAAUAAUACAAGAGGGAAAAAGAGACGUGGACUCCUUUCGUUGAACUGAAAUGACGGGACAGUUUAUUAUCAUUAUUUUUUAAUUGUGUAAAUAAACCGUCUAGUUCUCAUGAAGAAAUUUGUGACCCACGGCACGAGGAAGCGGGUCAUUUCGGUAUUGCUGUGGGCAGAUUGCGGAUUUUUGCUGAAAGAGGGGGAAAAGUGAGCCGAGCCGCGGUGCGAAAAGGAGAUAAUCGUGGUUUAUGUCCUGGCUGAAAUUUACUGCAGCUAAAACGGUGCGAGAAGGCAUCCGGAGAAUGAAGUCGCAUGCAGGCGAAAACGGACGACUUCACUAGAGCGAAAAGGCGAAAAUAAAUAACAAUUUAAUUGUCGUGUCUCUGCAUUUCAGCAACAUCUGCGCACGAUUUAAAUACUAAAAGCAAGGCAUUCGGCUACGGGGGAACCAUGAGGACUACUGGUGCAGUGGACUAUUUAUGCUACUGUAUGCUCACCCUGCAGCUGCUGACUCAGCCUGCUGCUAAGCAAGUCCUGCGAUACCGCCUGGCUGAAGAGGGUCCGGCCGACGUGCGGAUAGGAAACGUAGCCGCAGACCUCGGGAUUGUAGCCGGGUCCGGCGAGGUGACUUUCACCCUCGAGUCAGGAUCCGAUUAUUUUAAAAUUGACAAUAUCACCGGGGAGCUCAGCACUAACGAGCGGCGGAUAGACCGUGAAAAAUUACAGCAGUGCCAAAUGAUAUUUGAUGAGAACGAGUGCUUUAUAGAUUUUGAAGUGUCAGUGAUUGGACCAGCGCAGAGCUGGGUAGACCUCUUUGAAGGGAAAGUGAUCAUAUUAGAUAUUAACGACAACACCCCCUCCUUCCCCUCUCCCGUGCUGACUUUAUCAGUUGAGGAGAACAGACCCAUAGGAACUCUGUAUUUGCUACCCACGGCCACCGACCGUGAUUUUGGCAGGAACGGCAUAGAGAGGUACGAGCUGUUACAGGACGGCGGAGAGAGCGCGGGCAGGCGGACAGGGUCGGGUUCCGGGGGGCGCGCCGACGCCGGGGACGCUUACUCGGGCAAGAGGAGGUUCGACGCAGAGGGGGCAAGCAGGAGCAGCGUGUUCGAGCUGCAGGUGGCCGACACCACAGACGGGGAGAAGCAGCCGCAGCUGAUCAUUAAGGGGGCGCUGGACAGGGAGCAGAGAGACUCCUAUGAACUGACCCUGCGCGUGCGGGACGGGGGCGACCCUCCCCGCUCCUCCCAGGCCAUCCUGAGGGUGAUGAUCACCGACGUCAAUGACAACAGCCCCCGCUUCGAGAAGAGCUUCUACGAGGCAGACCUGGCGGAAAACAGCUCACCUGGCGCCCCCAUCCUGCAGCUGAAGGCGGCCGACUCGGACGUCGGGGUGAACGGGCAGAUCGAGUACGUUUUUGGGGCGGCCACCGAGUCGGUACGGCGCCUCCUGAGGCUGGAUGAGAGCUCGGGCUGGCUCAGCGUCCUGCACCGCAUCGACCGCGAGGAGGUCAGCCAGAUGCGCUUCAUCGUCAUGGCCCGGGACCGCGGCCAGCCGCCCAAGAUGGACAAGGCCACCGUGCUCCUCACCAUAAAGGACGAGAAUGACAACGUCCCCAUCAUCGACAUCCGCAAGAUCGGCCGCAUCUUCCUCAAGGACGGCGUGGCCAACGUGGCGGAGGACGUGGUGGUGGACACCCCCAUAGCUCUGGUGCAGGUGUCGGACAGGGAUCAGGGGGAGAAUGGGGUGGUGACAUGCACGGUGGUCGGGGACAUGCCCUUCCAGCUGAAGCCCGCCAGCGAGAUUGAGGGAGAGCAGAACAAAAAGAAAUACUUCCUACACACCUCGGCGCCGCUGGACUACGAGGCCACGCAGGAGUACAACGUUGUCAUCGUAGCUGUGGACUCCGGCAGCCCUAGCCUGUCCAGCAACAACUCCCUGAUCGUGAAAGUGGGCGACACCAAUGACAACCCGCCCAUAUUCAGCCAGAACGUGGUGGAGGUGUCCUUCCCCGAGAACAACGCCCCCCAGGAGACGGUGGCCACCGUGGUGGCCCUGGACGCGGACAGCGGCAAGAAUGCGGAGAUCGCCUACUCUCUCGACUCCUCUGUGAAUGGAAUAUUCUCCAUCAACCCAGACAGCGGUGACAUCAGUGUUAACACUGUCCUGGACAGGGAGCAGAUGGAGAGGUACGAGUUUAAAGUCAUCGCCAAAGACAAGGGCAUCCCUGUGCUUCAGGGUUCGGCUACGGUGGUGGUGCUGGUGGCAGACAAAAAUGACAACGAGCCCAAGUUCAUGCAGGAUGUUUUCACCUUCUAUGUGAAAGAGAACCUGCAGCCCAACAGCCCGGUGGGGAUGGUGACCGUCAUCGACGCGGAUAAGGGCCAGAACGCUGAGAUGAGCCUCUUCAUCGAGGAGGAGGAGGACAUCUUUUCCAUCGAGAAUGACACGGGGACAAUCUUCUCCACCAUGUCCUUCGACAGAGAGCAGAAGACCACCUACACCUUUCGAGUGAAGGCCGUGGAUGGAGGAGACCCGCCCAGGUCUGCCACGGCGACCGUGUCCCUGUAUGUCAUGGACGAGAACGACAACCCUCCCUCCGUCACGUUCCCUAGCAACAGCUCCUACACCCUGCUGCCCCCAUCCAGCAAUGUCAGGACCGUCGUCAGGACCGUCCAGGCCACCGACACUGACACCGGCAUCAACGCCGACCUCAACUACAGCAUCGUGGGCGGGAACCCGUUCAAGCUGUUUGAGAUCGACACGGCCAAUGGCGUCAUCUCCCUGGUGGGGAAGGUGGAGCAGAAGCACUACGGCCUGCACCGAUUGGUUGUGCAGGUCAACGACAGUGGCACACCCUCGCAGUGCACCACCACCCUGGUCCACAUCUACAUCAACGAGACCCUGUCCAACUCCACCAUCGUGGAGGGCCAGAUCGCCCGCAGCCUGGGCAUGCCCCUGUCCGUGGACAUCGCCGGCGACCCCAACUACGACCUGGGCAAGCAGAGGCUGAGCAUCGUCAUCGGAGUGGUGUCGGGCAUCAUGACCGUCAUCCUCAUCAUCCUCGUGGUGGUCAUGGCCCGCUACUGCCGGCCCAAGAACAAGAACGGCUAUGAGGCAGGCAAGAAGGACCACGAGGACUUCUUCACCCCACAGCAGCACGACAAGAACAAGAAGCCCAAGAAGGACAAGAAGAACAAGAAGUCCAAGCAGCCGUUGUACAGCAGCAUCGUCACCGUGGAGGCAUCCAAACCCAAUGGCCAGCGCUACGACGGCGUCAACGAGAAGCUGUCCGACAGUCCCGGCAUGGGCCGGUACCGGUCCGUCAACGGAGGCCCCGGGAGCCCCGAUCUGGCCAGGCAUUACAAGUCGAGCUCGCCACUGCCCACUGUUCAGCUGCACCCCCAGUCUCCCACGGCCGGGAAAAAGCACCAGGCUGUGCAGGACCUCCCCCCAGCCAACACCUUCGUGGGGACGGGAGAUAACAUAUCCAUUGGAUCGGACCACUGCUCAGAGUACAGCUGUCAAACCACCAACAAGUACAACAAACAGCCGUUCCGCCGUGUGACCUUCUCCGUGGUGAGCCAGCCCCAGGACCCGCACCAGGGAUCGCUGCAGAGCUGCUACGACAGCGGGCUGGAGGAAUCCGAAACGCCCAGCAGCAAGAGCUCCUCCGGCCCCAGGUUAGGCGCCCUGCCCCUGCCCGAGGACAACUACGAGAGGACCACGCCGGAUGGCAGUGUCGGUGAGGGAGAACACAUGGAAAAUGACUCCAGGCCGCUGCCCGACGUAGCCAUGACAGGCAAGUGCACUCGUGAAUGUGAUGAGUACGGCCACUCGGACUCGUGUUGGAUGCCCGUGCGGACGUCGCCGGAGCGCCGGCAGAAGAACAACCAACCAAAGCUAUCCACCUUCAUGCCCGGCGGCGCCGAGCACGGCAGCCAGGAGACCCUCGCCAACGGCGACCCCGCCCACAUGGUCGGCGACCGCAACCGGAACCUGCUCAACAAGAAGAUGUCCUCGUCCUCGUACGACACCUUCAGCACCGCCAGCUUCGGGAAGAACGAGGACGGGCACGCCGAGGACAUUCCACUGGCGCAGACGGGGGAGUACAAGCCCACCCCCUGCGGGACACUCACCCGGCGCGAGGUUUACCUGUGAGACACGCCGUCGGGCCCGUCCGAGGAACUCCGCACACAUACACACACACACAAAUAAAACAACAACGAAAACGAGUGGAUACAAAACGCCGUCAUUGAAUAAUUAAAAUAAAAAACAAAUAGAACAGAAAGGAAAAGAAAGAUUCCAACCUAUGACG